CCACCUUUCUUGUCUCCUCUCUCUCUCUCUCUCUUCUCUCUCUGUCUGUCUCUUUUGGAUCGCUCGGCAGCAUCCUCUUCUAGACGCCAUCGCCGAGCUCGAAGCUUAGGUUCGUGGACGAAGAUGAGUGUGGAGAAGUCACAGGUGUGGCAGCCUUGCAAAAAGAAGAGAUCUUGACGGCUAGAGAAGGCGGAACGGUCUUCUAUUGUUCUUCGAAUUGGUGUGUGGUUGUGAAGAUGAGCUCCGGGGGUGGAAAAGUGAGGGUGGGUAAGUAUGAGCUGGGGAGGACGCUGGGGGAGGGGACUUUCGGGAAGGUGAAGUUUGCGAGGAAUGCUCGGACUGGGGAGAAUGUUGCCAUUAAGAUUCUCGACAAAGAGAAGAUCAUCCGGCAUAAGAUGGUCAAUCAGAUCAAGCGAGAAAUUGCGACUAUGAAACUGAUUAGACACCCAAAUGUGAUUCGUAUGCAUGAGGUGAUGGCCAGCAAGACAACAAUAUACCUAGUUUUGGAAUUUGUGACUGGUGGUGAACUCUUUGACAAAAUUGCUAGUCUCGGAAGGUUUAGAGAAGUGGAAGCUAGGAAAUAUUUUCAACAGCUAAUAAAUGCUGUGGAUUACUGUCAUAGCAGAGGAGUCUUCCACAGGGAUCUAAAGCCAGAGAAUUUAUUAUUGGAUUCAAGUGGCAUUCUUAAAGUCUCUGAUUUUGGACUAAGUGCACUACCUCAGCAAGUUCGUGAGGAUGGCUUACUUCAUACAACAUGUGGAACACCAAACUAUGUUGCCCCAGAGGUAAUCAAUGACAAAGGUUAUGAUGGAGCUAAGGCGGAUCUCUGGUCAUGUGGAGUUAUACUUUUUGUUCUUAUGGCCGGAUACUUACCUUUUGAAGAUUCUAACCUUGCAUCGUUGUACAAGAAGAUCUUUAAAGCUGAUUUCACUUGUCCUUCUUGGUUUUCCACAAGUGCAAAGAAACUUAUCAAAAGAAUUUUGGACCCCAACCCCGAAACUCGCAUAACAAUUUCUGAAGUUCUAGAAAAUGAUUGGUUUAAAAAAGGUUAUCAGCCACCAAGCUUUGAAAUGGCAAAUGUGAAUCUCGAUGAUGUGGAUGCUCUUUUUAAUGAGUCGGAGGAUGCAGGGAAUUUUGUUCUUGAGAAACGAAAAGAAAGGCCUUCAAUAAUGAAUGCAUUUGAGCUUAUUUCUACUUCUCAGGGUCUGAACCUUGGAACACUCUUUGAGAAACAGGGUUUCAAACGGGUAACGAGAUUUGCAUCCAAACUUCCUCCAAGUGAGAUACUGUCCAAAAUUGAAGCAGCAGCCACACCUUUGGGAUUCGAUGUAGAGAAACACAAAUACAAGCUAAAACUUCAAGGACAAAAGACGGGAAGAAAAGGCCACUUGUUCAUUGCAACAGAGGUGUUUGAAGUUGCACCCUUGCUUAACAUUGUGGAGCUUCGUAAGUCAAACGGCGAUACUCUUGAAUUUAACAAGUUUUACAAAAAUCUUUCAACGGAUCUGAAAGACGUUCUGAUAGUCACCGGUGAAGCAAAUGGAACUAUUGGGCUUGGUGCUACGCGAGAUAGAGUUUCGCUUGGGAGAGAGAGAGAGAGAGAGAGAGAGAGAGAGAUGAGGGAGGAGGUGAUAAGCUCGGGGACGGCGGAGGCGUUCGUGCUGGCGAGGUCGUCGUCUCCUCCUCCGACGCCGGCGGCGAGUUCUGCUGGAGCAUCCUCUCCUGCGUUGCCACCAAAUGUUGGUAGCACAGAUUGGCUUGGUAGUAGUGCUCAGGGUUCUAAAGCAGGUUCAUGUCCUGGUCAGAGAAUUCCCCGUACUUCUUUAAGUACAAAUGCUGGUGGUUCUUCAGAACCCUUUUGUAGACCAUGGGAAAGAGGAGAUCUACUUCGCCGACUUGCCACAUUUAAGCCUUCAAAUUGGUGUGGAAAACCAAAGGGGGCCACUUCACUGGACUGUGCUCGAAGGGGUUGGAUAAACAUUGACACUGAUAAAAUUGAAUGCGAGUCAUGUGGUGUGCAGUUCACAUUUACUAUAUUGGCAUCUUGGACACCUGCUGAUGUUGAUAGUGCAGGGGAGGCUUUUGCCGACCAGCUUGACUCAGGGCACAAAGUAACAUGUCCAUGGAGAGGUAACUGCUGCGCUGAUAGUCUGGUGCAAUUUCCUCCAACUCCUCUUUCGGCAGUUAUGGGGGGUUACAAGGAUCGAUGCGAUGGGCUCUUGCAGUUCCCUGCACUUCCUGUAACAGCUUCAUCUGCAGUUGAGGAAAUGCGCCUUUCAAGGGGUACACAGAUCGAUCGUUUUCUGUUACAACCAAAUUCAAUAUCAUCCGGGGAGUUGAGCUACAAAGUGGAUCAUAUGACAGCUGUUGAAUUUCCUCAUGAUGAUGGCUCAGAUGUUUACUAUCAUGCCCAAAAGCUUAUUAGUUUAUGCGGUUGGGAGCCUAGAUGGCUUCCGAAUGUUCAGGAUUGUGAAGAGCAUUCAACUCAGUCAGCCAGAGUUCCAUCCUCAUUUGGUCCAACAGAAGACGAGUUCCCAAAUUCCAAUUAUCGUGGAACACUUAAGAAUACAUUCUGUGUCUCAGCAACAAGAGACACUGGAAAGAGAAAGAAGCGUGCUCAGGAGUCCAGGUGCAAUUCAAGAUCUCCUUUAUUGGACUGCAGUUUAUGUGGUGCUACAGUCAGAAUUUGGGAUUUUAUCACUGUACAUCGUCCUGCCCGUUUUGGCCAGAACAUUGAUGCCCCAGAGACAACCAAGAAACUUGUUAGUGGUAUUAAUGGAUGGGUUGCUGCUGAUGGUAAUGAGAAGGAGCGAGUAGAAGGUCGGGGUGAGGCACCACCAAAUGAUGGUGGCAAAUCACUGUCAAAUGCUGGUGUUGAUUUGAAUCUUACUAUGGCUGGAGGAUUGCCAUCUCAGCCUGGGAUACCAGCAAUGACUGAACAUUUUAAUGAUGGUGACAUGGGGAGGGAUUUAAUGAUUGGGCAGCCUUCUGGAAGUGAAGUUGGUGAUCGUGCUGCAUCAUAUGAGUCACGAGGUCCUAGCAUGAGGAAACGGAACCUAGAGGAGGGUGGUAGCACUGUUGACAGGCCUCAAGACAGGAUUCAGCAUGUGGAUAGCAUGGAAGGGACAGUGAUUGAUCGUGAUGGGGAUGAAGUUGAUGAUAGCAUACAUAAUUCUGAUGGCCCCUCCAAGCGCCCUCGUGGGUUAGAUAUAUUUGACACAUACCACUCAUCUGGAAGGGCGGAAUCUUCUGGUGCUGGUCUUAAUCGUACUUUAUGUUUUGAUAUAGAUAUCGAUGUUAACAGAGUUGAUUCUUGUAAAGAAGGGAGUAACAUGGCUGCUGGUAUCCCAUCCACUAGAGACUCUGCUCGAGCAUCCUCUGUUAUUGCAAUGGACACAAUUUGCCGAAGUGCUGAAGCAGAUUCCAUGGAAAGUGUUGAAAAUUAUCCUGCAGAUGUUGAUGAUGUACAGUUCCCCUCAUCAAGCAUGGGUAAGAACCUUGACAUGAAUGAUGCUUUGGAACAAAACUACAGCAAUCCUGCACAGCAAAGCACCUGUGUACAACCUGCUGCUGGAAGUGUUGCCAGAGAAAUGGGAGUGAGCAGUACAAAUGAAGAAGAAGAAAUUCUCAAUGCAGAAACUGCUUCUGCUCAUGCUAGGGAUAGGUUCAGUUUCGGGAUUAGUGGAGGAAGUGUAGGUAUGGGUGCAAGCCAUGAAGCUGAAAUUCAUGGUGUUGAUAUAUCUAUCCAUAGAGCAGAUAGCGUUGUGGGUGAUGCAGAGCCGAUAGCUGAAGUCACUGAAAAUGUUGGACAAACAGGUGAGUCUGCCCCAGGACCUGGCCUAAUGGAUGAGUUUAAUCCUGAAGAAAUGGAUCGCGAGGAUCCUCAUGGUGAUAGCCAGGAUAUGAUGUCUCGAUCUCUAAUUAGGGCAGAUAGUGGUUCAAAAAUAUAUGGUUCUACAAAGGCUGAUUCUGUUGAAAGUGAGGAGAAGAUAAGCCACACAUUGGGUCAUGAGAGCAGUGCUCAUCCUUCCCUUUCUUGCAAUGCAGUAAUUUGCUCAGGUUAUGAAGCAUCAAAAGAGGAGGUUACACAGAAAGGAAAGACUUCUGCAGUUGAUGACUACCCCCCUGAAUCAGAUUAUGUUCCUAAGAAAGGAACAGCAUUACCAGGGCCAGCAAAUGGAGAAAAUGAAUAUGAAGGAGAAGUUAGAGAAUUUGAUCCAAUCAAGCAUCACAACUAUUAUUGCCCUUGGGUAAAUGGUAAUGUUGCUGCAGCUGGUUGUGGCAGCAACACUGUGUCUAGUUCAAGCAGUUUCACUGCCCUUUCUGGUUGGCAGCUGACAUUGGAUGCCUUGGAUACCUUACAAUCUGUUGGGCAUGUUCCCAUCCAGACAAUGCAGUCCGAGUCUGCUGCUUCUCUCUAUAAGGAUGAACACUUGACUCCCAGCCAAAAACUCCUGAGACACCACUCUACCAGUAAAAGCCAUGGACAUCGCUGAAGCACCGUGAAAUGCGCACACAGGUGCCAAGCGCUGGAUGUGCCUGAAAGAACAAUGCAUUGCAAUCUUCAGGCCACUUUCCCAGAGUGAAUUGUAAUAACUUCAAUAUAUGUUUGACAUUUCUCAUAAUGCUGUGGCAGAUAUAAGUGCAAAAGACACUUUAGAUUGCUCUCUACUAGUUAUAUCAAUUCAAUGUUUCUCUGCUUUGUAACUAGAGUUUCCAUUCCUAACUUAUUGAAACAUAAUUGCUCAUA